UGAUGGCCCAUCCCUUUUAGGUGAAAACUUGAUGGGCUUCAUUACCCUUGUGUCCGAAGCUAGCUCUGACGAUAUCAAGCUCAUGUAAGUGCUGCUUUUCAAUUAUUACUUUCCUUGUUUAUUGACAUUGACGCAAACAAACAAACCAAAUUAAAUUAAUAUAGUUGCGCCAACAUGAUGGGUGUCAUUUGCAUCUUUGGAUUCUUCUUCAUGUGCUUUGAUGAUUUCUCUGCACAAGUUUUACUGGAAGUCAAUGUCUCUCAGCUUUGGAUGUAUCUCCAUUUCCCGCUGCACUUGUGCCAAGUCGCUAUGGGUAUAGCCUUGCAGGACGUUAUCCAUAUUUAUGGUGAACAUUGGGAUUAUCUAGGAGUUGGAUGCUCUGCCAACACGGAGAGCGGUGUUGAAGUGGCCACAGUAAGCAAUACCACACAGCUUAUGCUGCAUGCCAGUGGCCGUGCGCUCAGCUUGUUACAGGCCCUAACAAUGGAGGCUCCUGCAGAGGGUGGAACUACGACCAGUUCUGAAAGCACCAGUUCGGCAGCAUCUGAAGCUGAAGAGUGCCUCAACAUUGAUUUCGUCUUCAAAACCUUCUUGAUAUCUGCUGGCCUUGUCUUGAUAGUUAAUGCACUCAUUAAAUUGAUCAACACUCCAGUCAACUCUCGUUGGUCAAAGUACAUUUGUGCCAGUAGAGCGAUCAACGCCAUUGUUUUCUUUGGAUUGACCCAAGCCGUACAUCGCAUUAACUCCAUUGGUCUCCUCGGUCUGCUCACUGGCUGCCUCCUAUUUCAAUCUGCCGUUGAUCUACUCGAUUAGCGUGGACGGACCAUAAAAUUACAAUCAUUCCAAAAUUCCCAGCUUGGCUAAAAUCAGCCCUUAGCUUCGUUACGAUACCCGUAAAAAUUAGCUUCAUCGAUAUAUACCUUAAGUCCAUAAACCAUAAAUUGUUAAAUGUCGUAAUUCAAAGGAUGAGGCUGUGUUUGAAAAUUCUACCAAGCCAUCAUCAUACAGAU